AGCUAGUAGCCAUUGGCUGCUGAAAUAAAGAAUAAAGUGGUGACUGAGGGUUAUGUAUAUACUGUCAAGUGCUUUUCACUUUGCUGUAGUAGUAACUAGUAUUGAAAACGCAUGUCCAGAAUAAUGUGGACAAGGAUGAUUGGAAUAAAGUUCAAUACAGGAUAAUGUUCACAAAAUGAGAGAUAGGAUGUUAGCUAUGGCUAUAUAAAUGUUUCUUUGUAGAUAAAUGGCUGAAGUAAAGUUCAGUAUAGUGAGCUCAUUUUUAUUUAUACUGAAUGGAGUGACUUUUUCACGUUUAAUGCUGUGGACAGUGCCAUCGACGGCAUGCAUUGUAAAUGGUUUGGCCCUCAAGAGCGAUGUUAUCCAAAAACACAAUACAGUGAAAUUAGUAGAUGGCUUAAUUAAUUAAAGGAAGAGCAGUCUCUGCUAUUGAACCUCCAUAAUUAACAGUGGCGAGGAUCAUGCACUUUCAAGUGCUUUUCAUUUUUCUUUCUUUAGGUCAAUUCUGGAAUGUCCAUGUGUCAAUGACUCUGUAUGAUGGUCCACUGAGACCAGGCUACGAGCAGUUCUUUAACCGAGAGAAGCUCUACCUCGUUACCGUCACUCAAGUUGGUGGAGAUACCAGAAGCUUCCUGGGGGAAAUGCAUCACACUACUUGGGACAGACGAUCUGGUCCAUGUUACUAUGCUGGCGACUCUCAGGGUGGAAGAACAGCUGAAAGGGAGGAAAAUGAAUCUUUAAUUGAGGGUCACUACACUGAUUACCAAGUAGAGGGUCUAUUCGGUGACGAGUUUGUCUACUCUCGUUUUGAGAGAGACGGUUGCAGUCAGACUGUCUAAACUAGUUUCACCAAGAAUCACCACUAAUAACGAAGGACAGAAUGUCUGGAUAUAAAACUAUCUCCAGGACCUUUUUGAGCUCUUGUCUUGCAUUGUGUGCAUCUUCAAUUUGCCGGCCCUGCUUUGUAUCAUUCUACUUUCAUAUCAUUAUGCUAAUGUGUCAAUGUGAUGCACGAAACACUUUCAUCGUUACCAAUGAACUCCUUUUCCCUUAUGCACUUAUUCUGUACUUUAAACAAACCCCACUCCAUUAGAACCCA